AUGAUCACGAUCCCAUGUGCAAUUGUAAUUAUCAUGUACAUAUUAGGAAACGUUCUCUCUGUUAUUUCACUUUAUAUUCUCUUUACACAUGCUGGUCUCCAUAAUAACUUUAGAAUGGUUGUAAUUUUAUUGAUAAGCUUUGGAAUACUACGCUCCAUUGCCGUUUAUUUACUAGCUGCUAGCAAUUACGUGGCUGAUGAAGCAACACGAGAGGAUCUUAAAAGCAACUUGGUCGCAGCCUUUGUCUAUGCAAUUUGCGGCUUUGCCAUAUCGAGCUUAUUUCUGAGCAUAGAGCGCUGCAUAGCCGUGUACAAACCAAAGCAAUAUGAAAGAAAUUCUACCGCAGCCGUUCUGCCUUGCACUACACUCGUUACGACGCUGAUUCUGACGUUUGUGUUGGGAUUCUGGGCAAAUAAAAAUGGCGAAAAUCAAAUACCAUUGAUUACAGUGACCACAGCAGCAGGAUUCAUUAGUUUAAUUGUGAGUUUUUCUAUAUCCAUGUGGAUAUUUCAUGCCCGAGUUGCAUAUUCCUGGCAAGCAUUACAAGAGGAGAAUGCGAGCCAUGAGCAGAAGCAAUUUAGAUUCGAACCAGUAACAUCAAUGUUGGGUUUAUCUUAUUUGAAAAUGAAAAAUUUUGCUUUUUAUUAGGU